GUCUAUAUUUAGUCAACUAUUGUGACAAUUCACGAAUAUAUAUAUUACUUUAGUGACAAUUCAGGAAUACUUAUAUCACAACUCUACCCUUUAUCAACGGGGUAUAUACACCCUGGGGUGUUUAUCUCUGUGUAUAUACACUGAUAUUUUUCUUUCAUUUAUCUUAGAAACUACCAAAAAAAAAAAAAAAAAAGGUUCAAAUAACAAGAUGUCUGAGGAGGAUCAACAAGCAAAAAAGGUCACUGAAGAAGUCCCUGACCCAGAGCUUGAGAAUUUAUUGGAUGAUGCUUUGCUAGACUUCAAUAAGCCACAGCCCCUCAAACCAGCUCCUGGCGAAGAUUUGGCUUCAAAAGUAGCAGCUUUAGGAAUAGGAGCGGCUACAUCAGCGGGGCCGGAUGGAGCAGCUGGCAACAUUUGGUCAGAAGAAUUCAUCCAGCAGGCCACAACACAAUUUGAGCAAACUAUGCGUGCAUUAAUGGAACAACAACAAGGAAGUAAGUGGUGGCUUGUUAAUAAAUCUGACUUUCUGGUUUUGAGCUUCUUUGGCUAGUUUAUAUCAAAAUCU